CACAGACACGACCCACGUCCAAUUGCGAGUUUUCACUGCGCCGAGAAUCGAAGUAAAAUCGCAGGAAAAUAGUUAAUUUGCAGCACCUAAAUUAAAGAUCCCAAAUAAAAAUACAAAGAACACAAACAACAAAAAAAAGAAAACGCCACGAUGAUCACCGCUGUUUUGGGUCAUCUGUAAAGUCAUCGCAACAGCACCAUCAUAAAAUGCAUCAUCCUAUGAAACCCGAAAAACACGCCAUCGCCUGGAGCACGAGCACUACUAUUAACCCAUUUUGCUGGCGGAGGAGCAGCAGGAUGUUGCUCCUGCCGUGGCUGCUACUCAUCCUGGUGGCCUCCGUUGGCCUGCCAGCUGUCAGAGCCCAGUACCAAUCGCCCCGCAUCAUCGAACAUCCCACGGAUCUGGUGGUCAAAAAGAAUGAGCCCGCCACACUCAACUGCAAAGUGGAGGGCAAGCCGGAACCCACAAUCGAGUGGUUUAAGGAUGGCGAGCCCGUCAGCACGAACGAAAAGAAAUCGCACCGCGUCCAGUUCAAGGACGGCGCCCUCUUCUUCUACAGGACGAUGCAGGGCAAGAAGGAGCAGGACGGCGGCGAGUACUGGUGCGUGGCCAAGAACCGAGUGGGCCAGGCCGUUAGUCGCCAUGCCUCGCUCCAGAUAGCUGUUUUGCGCGACGAUUUUCGCGUGGAGCCCAAAGACACGCGAGUGGCCAAAGGCGAGACGGCUUUGCUCGAGUGUGGGCCGCCCAAAGGCAUUCCAGAGCCAACGCUCAUUUGGAUGAAGGACGGCGUUCCCCUGGACGACCUGAAAGCCAUGUCGUUUGGCGCCAGCUCACGCGUUCGAAUCGUGGACGGUGGCAACCUGCUCAUCAGCAAUGUGGAGCCCAUCGACGAGGGCAACUACAAGUGCAUUGCCCAGAACCUGGUGGGCACCCGGGAGUCCAGCUACGCCAAGCUGAUUGUCCAGGUCAAGCCGUACUUCAUGAAGGAGCCCAAGGAUCAGGUGAUGUUGUUCGGCCAAACUGCCACUUUCCACUGCUCCGUGGGCGGGGAUCCCCCACCGAAAGUGCUGUGGAAAAAGGAGGAGGGCAAUAUUCCCGUAUCCAGAGCUCGUAUUCUCCAUGACGGAAAGAGUCUGGAGAUUUCUAACAUAACUCCCAGCGAUGAAGGCACCUACGUCUGCGAGGCGCACAACAAUGUGGGUCAGAUUAGCGCCAGAGCUUCGCUCACAGUGCAUGCCCCUCCCAACUUCACCAAACGUCCAAGCAACAAGAAAGUGGGACUAAAUGGCGUUGUCCAGCUGCCUUGCAUGGCUUCCGGCAACCCACCGCCUUCUGUUUUCUGGACCAAGGAGGGAGUUUCCACGCUCAUGUUUCCCAAUAGCUCACACGGAAGACAGCAUGUGGCUGCGGAUGGAACUCUACAAAUCACGGAUGUGCGACAGGAGGACGAAGGCUUCUAUGUGUGCUCCGCAUUCAGUGUCGUGGAUUCCUCCACCGUUCGAGUUUUCCUGCAGGUCAGCACGGUGGAUGAGCGACCACCGCCUAUAAUUCAAAUUGGACCUGCCAAUCAAACACUUCCCAAAGGAUCGGUGGCUACUUUGCCCUGCCGUGCCAUGGGAAAUCCCAGUCCCCGCAUCAAAUGGUUCCACAAUGGACAUGCCGUGCAAACGGGCGGUCGUUACAGUAUUAUACAAGGCAGCUCACUGAGAUUAGAUGAUCUUCAGCUAAGUGAUUCUGGAACGUACACCUGUACUGCAUCUGCCGAACGAGGAGAAACUUCCUGGGCAGCUACCUUAACGGUCGAUAAAGCAGGCUCCACCUCUCUCCAUCGAGCUGCAGAUCCUAGCACGUAUCCUGCUCCUCCUGGGACACCAAAAGUCCUGAAUGUCAGCCGCACCAGCAUCACUCUUCGUUGGGCCAAAAGCCAAGAGAAACCUGGCGCCGUGGGACCAAUCAUUGGAUACACUGUUGAGUACUUCAGUCCGGAUCUGCAAACUGGUUGGAUUGUGGCUGCCCAUCGAGUGGGCGAUACUCAAGUUACUAUCUCGGAUCUCAACCCUGGCUCUUCUUAUGUCUUUCUUGUAAGAGCUGAAAAUACUCAGGGUAUAUCUGUUCCUUCCGGCUUAUCCAAUGCUAUAAAAACCAUUGAGGAGGAUUUCGAUGCAGCUUCUGCAAAUGAUUUGUCAGCAGCUCGAACUUUGCUGACUGGAAAGUCUGUGGAGCUUAUAGAUGCCUCGGCUAUUAAUGCCAGUGCUGUUCGUCUAGAUUGGCUGCUUCAUGUGAGCUCAGAUGAAAAAUACGUGGAGGGUCUGCGUAUUCACUAUAAGGAUGCCAGUUUACCAUCAGCACAGUAUCACUCGAUUACUGUUAAAGAUGUUUCUUCGGAAUCUUUCGUGGUUGGAAAUCUUAAAAAGUACACCAAAUAUGAGUUCUUCCUAACACCUUUCUUCGAAACCAUUGAGGGACAGCCCAGUAACUCCAAGGUGGCUUUAACCUAUGAAGAUGUUCCCUCUGCUCCACCGGAUAACAUACAAAUUGGCAUGUAUAAUCAAACCGCUGGCUGGGUGCGUUGGACUCCACCACCAGCACAACACCACAAUGGCAAUCUGUAUGGCUACAAAAUCGAGGUCAGUGCCGGGAAUACCAUGAAGGUUCUGGCCAACAUGACCCUCAAUGCCACCACCACCUCUGUGCUUCUGAAUAAUUUAACCACUGGAGCCGUAUAUAGUGUGCGAUUAAACUCCUUCACCAAAGCAGGAGAUGGACCCUACUCCAAACCGAUAUCCCUCUUCAUGGACCCCACCCACCAUGUGCACCCGCCAAGGGCUCAUCCCAGCGGAACUCACGAUGGCCGCCAUGAGGGUCAGGAUCUCACCUAUCACAGCAAUGGCAAUUUACCCACCGGUGACAUCAAUCCCACCACCCACAGAAAGACCACGGAUUACCUUUCUGGUCCUUGGCUAAUGGUGCUGGUCUUCAUAGUGCUCUUAGUACUGGUAAUCUCGGCGGCUAUAUCCAUGGUUUACUUCAAAAGAAAGCACCAAAUGACCAAGGAAUUGGGGCACUUAAGUGUGGUCAGCGACAACGAAAUAACCGCACUGAACAUCAAUAGCAAGGACUGCUUGUGGAUAGACCAGCAUCGUGGCUGGCGAACUGCAGAUACGGAUAAGGAUUCCGGGUUGAGCGAAUCAAAGUUACUGUCCCACGUAAAUAGCAGUCAGUCUAACUACAAUAACUCCGAUGGAGGAACCGAUUAUGCUGAAGUAGACACCCGAAACCUUACCACUUUCUACAACUGUCGCAAGAGUCCCGAUAAUCCUACACCAUAUGCCACUACCAUGAUUGUUGGCACUUCCUCAAGUGAAACCUGCACCAAGGCUACAUCCUUGAGUGCCGACAAAGAUUCGGGAACUCAUUCGCCCUAUUCGGAUGCAUUUGCCGGCCAGGCACCAGCGGUGCCUGUUGUGAAAUCCAACUUCUUGCAGUACCCAGUUGAACCGAUCAACUGGUCUGAGUUCCUACCACCGCCACCAGAACACCCACCGCCGUCCUCAACCUAUGGAUACACGCAGGGAUCCCCGGAAUCCUCGCGGAAGAGUUCCAAAAGUGCUGGCUCCGGCAUUUCCACAAACCAAAGCAUUCUGAACGCUUCGAUACACAGCAGUUCCUCUGGUGGCUUUUCCGCCUGGGGCGUCUCGCCGCAAUACGCCGUCGCCUGUCCUCCGGAGAACGUGUACAGCAACCCGCUGUCGGCGGUGGCUGGCGGUGCCCAGAACCGCUACCAGAUUACGCCCACCAAUCAGCACCCGCCGCAGCUGCCGGCCUACUUUGCCACCGCGACUCCCGGCGGAGGGGUGCCGCCCAACCACCUGCCAUUCGGCACCCAGCGACAUGCAUCCAGCGAGUACCAGGCGGGACUGAAUGCGGCACGAUGUGGCCAGAGUCGCGCCUGCAACAGCUGCGAUGCCCUGGCCACGCCCUCGCCGAUGCAGCCACCACCGCCGAUUCCCGUACCCGUUCCCGAGGGCUGGUACCAGCCGGUGCACCCCAUGCACCCGACCAACUCCAGCCACCAGAUCUACCAGUGCUCCUCGGAGUGCUCGGAUCACUCGCGAACCUCGCAGGGUCACAAGAGGUCGCAGCAGCUGCAGCUGGAGGAGCACGGCAGCAGCGGCAAGCGGAGCGGUGGCCACCACCGACGACGGGGACCGGCGGUGCAGCCGUGCCUGGAGAGCGAGAACGAGAACAUGCUGGCGGAGUACGAGCAGCGGCAGUACACCAGCGACUGCUGCAACAGUUCCCGCGAGGGCGACACCUGCUCCUGCAGCGAGGGAUCCUGUCUUUACGCCGAGGCGGGCGAACCGGCGCCCCGUCAACUGACUGCUAAGAACACCUAAGGACGAAGUGUUGUGCGCGACUCACCAGCCGGGUGGAUUAGUAUUAAAGAUAGCAUCUAGUCUAACUCUUCAUAUCGAAACGGUCUGCCGACUGGGUCAACUCAAAGUUUCUGGCUGAAGCCUGGAAUUCACUACAACAACUUCUAAGCAAUUAUGUUGUUGUGAAAUCUAGUGCUUAACACUCAGUUACACAGAAACCACACUUGUCACAAUCAUGGGGGCAUUGUGCAGCUUUAGCAAUUACGAAUUUUCCAUUAUCACGUCUACCAGCGUAGAGACAGACUCACAGAUGACAGGCACAGUGCUCCCCCAUCCAAGCACCACAGAAAUGUUCCCCCCUCCCGUUGGGAAUCGAAAAAAAAACCUUUGUACUUAAGAGACGCGAGUGCUGUACGAUAGAAAUUGCUUCACGGAAACGCGAGGAGACAGUAAUCACACUAUAAAGCAGGGAUCUGUGUCCCAGCAGAACUUCAUUAAAAUACGUACUCAAAUGAACUUAUAGAUGAGGAUAGAACAGAUCAGGCCAUAGCAAGUACACAAAGUAAGAAACCAACAAACAUAAUGGUGACUCACGACGCAUGUAGUUAGAACCAAAGUACACACAAUUGUACAGCAUGUUUUGGGGCUUUUGAAUCGGUCCUAGUCAAUAGGCUUGAUAGGCGAUACAAUAACGAUACUGAUUACGAUAUACUUGUAUGCAAAAACUCUUUCAUAUCUACGAUCACAAUCGAGCACUUGCCCCCGGACUCGAACUCGGUGGGAAGUUAGGGAGUUAAGAGUUUCGGGGGACAAGUGAAACGGCAGUUGCAAUGUUUAAUGGUUAGUGCUUUUCUAUAACAAGGAAUAAUAUACUUCAUUGACCCAGUGAAUAUAUAGAUAUAUAGAUACAUACUAAACGACACACUACACAAAACUACUUACAUAGCAUUUAGACGAGUUGAGGAGCUGCACACGGCCAACAGAACUAGAAGCCAGUUGUCCGUUCCGUUGUCCUGUCCCUGUGCAGAUCCCUCCAUGACACGAUGUUUUCUACAAUCUUGCAUUUUGAAAAAGUCUAAAAUGUACCUGUGAUAUAACCCCAUUAUACAUUAUAGUAUUUUAAUCAUUUUUUAUAUUUAUGGUUUUCUGAUUUUGAGUAGCGUUUUUUUGUUCAUUGCGUUCGAACAACAAGGAAUGUUUGUUGGUAAUCCCCACGCAGACGGAGAUUUUUUUGGGAGAGUAUAUAGCAUAAUUUAGAACCUAGGCACGUAACACAUUAGAAAUGCAAAAUGAAUAUAUCAUCAAAUCAAAUCGAAUCGGAACGGAGGAGAGAAACGCUCAGAGAGUUCGGCUUGCCGAAGAGUCCCAAACACUUUUCUACUUAAACCCUCGAUCGUGAGUUGAAUCGGGAAAAGGUGGGAUGGUGGAGAAGUGUUUCGGAUCGAGCAAACAGUCGGUGGAUAUGUUCGAAAUAUCCAUGGGGACUAGAGUCAACGAAUCGUUUAAACAAUACUAAAAACACAUAUGCAUUACAUUUACCUAUAUAGAGAUCAUAUAGCACCUAGAACCGCGCAUGUAUCAAAUCAAAUCAAAAUAUGCUUUAGCAUACACUCACACAAAUCCACUUCCUUGCUAGCCGCUCCGAAUCGGCCCGGCAUGUACAUAUAUAUAUUAUAUAUAUAUACAACAUACUCCUAAUCCUAAUAUCGAAUCCAACUUGCUUGAGUUGAACUGCCCUUCCGUAGCCAUAUACAUAUAGAAGAAGCAUAGUUGGGUCUGGGUUUUAAUAAUUAGCAUCUAGUUUCUAGAGUUGUGUAUCGGGAGUAUUUUAAAGUCAUAGCGUAAACGAAUUUUAAGAACGAACAGAACAACCAACCCCAAAAACGAAGCGGACAUUUAGUUUUUAGUGCGUAAUGCCAUAAACGAACUUUUUCAAAAGCAAAAAUAAUAACUGACAUUUACUUACGAUAUAAAUACUAUAUCUAGAUAUAUACAUAUAGCAUUUAAAAUUACAUAAACAAUAAAGGAACAUUUUACAUAUA